AUGACAGCUGACCAGAUAGUUCAAGAACGCGAUGAUCUCCAGCUCAAAGUUGAUGAGCUUAAGGAGUUCUUGGAGCAAAGAGACACCCUGAUCGACUACGGAAAGGAAUUCAUUAAGAAAAGGGAGAAAGAGAUAAAGCUUGUGGCUCGAGAAUUCCAAAACCAGAUGGAUGAUUAUGAGGAAAAAGUCCUUGAGAAACAAUUUCAUCUGGAGAAUUAUUGUAUGGACCUGCAGAAAGACACAUUAUCUCUGCGGGAACAACUGGAUACGGCAGAACAACUACAUUUACAAGACGAGGCAAGGAAUAUGAAGCUGGAAACUGAAAUCUCAAAGAUGAAAAAGCUCCAACAGCAGCAAGAGCAGACGAUCCAGGAGCUGCAGACCUCGACACAGGAGCUGCAGGAGGAGCUGGAUGAAGCAGAGAAAUAUCACAUCAUAGACGCAGUUGAAAACAUAAAGAAUGUGGGGGAACUUGCAGAGACCAAAAUACAACUGAAGAAGUCUGAAGCCGAGAAUAAGGCUCUAAAGACUAGUCUGCAGCAGGCUGACAGGGACGCAGAAACCAAGGACCAAACUGUGGCCUACCUGAAGACUUUGCUAUCUGACAAGCAAACGGCCGAGGAGGCACAACACAAGAAGGUUCUGCAGGAGCUGGAAACAAGCUUCAAAACUACCCUGAGCAAAUGUGAAGAGCUGGAGACGUCUUUGAAGGAAUCAAAUGAUGAGCUGUGUCAAACCAAGCUCAAGUGGAAGAGAUCCAGAACGAGUUGGACAAAAGGGGCCAGAAGAAGAGAAGGAGGUGGUGGAAGUGUUGCAGGGAGUAAUCACCUCAACAUCACUGUAGUGGGAGCAUCUUGA